AUGUCUUUCGGCUUCGGCGUUGGCGAUUUCAUCGCUGUUGGGGAGCUAUGCUGGAAGAUCUACACCCGGGUGUACAAGGUGUCGCGCGAUGCACCAGAGGAACUCCGGGCCUUGAUCCAAGAACUGGGCAAUCUCUCCAACACGGUGAACCUGCUAAAUGAAGAAGUACGAGAUCGGGAAGAGUGGAUGAAACGCGCGGGAGAGAGACGGCUGGAAUACACGUGUAAAGUCAUGGGUCAAGUCAAAGCAACUCUUCAGAAAAUGGAUCGAUUGGCUGAUAAAUAUGCUGAACUCGGUAAGGGAGAUGGUCUUGAAGGCUCAAGACGCCCAUUUCGAAUCCAAUGGAACCGAGUCAAAUUCGCCUUUGAGGUGUCUAGCAUCAACGAGCUUCGCGCGAAGGCUCAACCAACUGGUAUCAAGCAUUAA